AUGGAGUUUCUAUUUGGUGGUGCUUCUUCCAUGUGUGCGGUAGUAUUCACGAACCCGCUGGACGUUUUAAAAACCCGCCAACAGCUCGAGGGUGAACUGAUAGCGAAACAUAAUCUCAAGGAGCGGGCUUACAAAGGCAUCCGCCAGUCUUUGAUCACAGUGCUCCGCACCGAUGGACUACGAGGUCUGCAAAAAGGACUUCCGGCUGCAAUUCUGUUUCAAUUCUCAAUGAAUAGUGUGCGUUUGGGAACGUACCAAACUGCUGAGAAUCUCGGAUGGACAAGGAACCCGACGCAUCCCUUGCUGAAUCCACUUCUCUCGGUGUUCUGGGGUGGUUUUGCAGGACUGGCUAGUGCUACAGUAUCCUGCCCUUUUUAUGUAGUAAAGACGCAACUUCAAGCCGUCACAGCUGGUUCAUACACGGCCCGAUAUCAGCACCAUCACAGUGGAACCUGGGUGGCCUUUGGCAAUAUAUACCGGCAAAGUGGCAUACGAGGAUUGUUCCGUGGGUAUCCAGCCUCUGUGGCUCGGCUGGUUGUUGGAUCUGCUGCUGAAAUGUCUACGUUUAGCUUGUGCAAAAAGUUUCUCUGGCGCUAUGAAGUCUUCCAAGAGUCGAUCGUGCUAACGGCGCUGGCUAGCAGCACUGUCGCAGGAUUUUUCACCAGCGUCUUGAUGUCUCCCUGUGAUGUCGUGACGACAAGAAUAACCAACCAAGCCGUGUCCGCUACCGGCAAGGGUUUACUGUACAGCAACAUCUUCGACUGUUUCGCAAAGAUCUACCGAUCUGAGGGGGUCCACGGAUUCUACAAAGGUUUCUUUCCGAUGUACCUGCGUGUCGCCCCACACACCAUGCUGAAUCUCACAUUCUGGGAGCUCUUCAAGGGCCUCUACGAACGCUUCAAUAAGCAAUAA